GGGACUGUAUCUUUAACAUGAACUACCGGGAGGGGCAGCGGGAUUCAAACGCGUAAGCCCCGCCUCUGAUGCUUCACAUCGCGGAAACAGAAACUAAACAUCAGGGCAAAACAAAAUGGGAGCAGCUUUGGACACUCCAACGUGUUGUCCUCUGUGCAACGAGCUGACCCGGGAGCCCGUCACCCUAAAGUGUAACCACCGCUUCUGCCAGCGGUGUAUCGGAGACUUGUGGAGCGUUGCCCCGAACGGGCCGUACCACUGUCCGGAGUUCAGGUGUAAAACAGUGUACCAGACUCUGCCGUUUGAUAACAAACGGUCCCCGACCAACAGCCGUUGGACUCAGCCACGCAGCACCGCAGGCACAUCCAAUAAUGGGGACCAAAAUAUAAUUGACUCCGUACUGGGGAGGCCCUCAAUCACCAGCCGACUUCUUGGGAAGAGAAAAGCCAGCACACCUGUAUCAGAGCAACCUGAUACAAAGCGAUCAACUGUGGAGUCUUCCCGUGUGCGUUUUAAUGUCACAGAAACUCCCAUAACUUCCUUCUCAAAUAUACAGGGGAAGUCUCCCCGUGAGCGAACAGAGACUACCACCACUUCCUUCUCAGAUAAACCUGGGCAGUCGACUAGUGUCGAGACAUCCGAAACAGAAGUGCACCCAGAAUCUACACAGUCUGAGCGUAGUGAUGGCCCAUCCUCCAGUUACAACUCUGACAGUGAGACGGUACCUGCAAGUGAUGCAGCACAAGACAUCUCAAUCCAGCAGAACCAGCAUAAAUCGGAAGAAGUCAUCUCACGUGAUGACUCUGACGCAUCCAAUGAAGUAGAUAUAUGUGAUGCGCCUACUAUUGCCACCCCCAUGAAAGAUACACAAAUGACAGGAAUCCAUGCAUCACCAGCAAAACCUGCCACACCUGCCAAGUCUGAUACUUUUCCUGGAGUCUCAACUCCAAGUAAAGGUAAUACUCCUGUACACCAUGUCAGCAAGUCUCCCCUGACCUCCCCCAAACAUCCUGCUGAUUCUCGGGGAUUCACAAGUCCUAUCUGCCUCUUCCCGGGGUCACAGAGCAAAAAAGCCAGCCCUGUGCCCUGCCAUUAUUGCCCUAAAACUAGGUUUCAGUCUGCUGUGAAGACCUGUCUGGUGUGCGGUGCUUCCAUGUGUUCAGAACACCUGCGUCCCCACCUGGACUCACCUGUCUUCCAGAAUCACACCCUGGUUCCACCAAUGGAGGAUUUUUCUCCCUGGAGGUGCCAGGAGCACCAGGAGAUGAACCGCAUCUACUGUCGGCAGUGUGGGGUGUGUGUGUGCACCGUGUGUAGAGUCAUAGGCUCGCACCGGGACCACUUCUGCAUCAGCAUCAGGGAGGCAGAGACGGAGCUCAGAGGUAACCUAAAGGAUGAAAUCAAGCAACUGCAAGAGACUGAACAGGAAGUUAAGAACAAACUGACAGAAUUCACACAAAAGAAAGAGACUUUCAAAGUGGUUCUCAGUGAGGCUCGAGCUGGGGUGCAGCAGCAGUAUGGAGCCAUCAGAGAGGCCCUGGAGCAGGAGGAGCAAUCAGCUCUUCAGUGUGUGACAAAGGAGGAGAAGAGGGUUCUGGGGGGACUAGAGGAGAAACUCAGCCACCUCCAGAGCUCCCUGCAAUCCAUCCAGACAGGCCUCCAUACCCUGGAGGGGCUGGCUGAUGCCAAGGGAGACAAACUUAUUCAGGAUCAGGUCUUCAUAAUGGAAUACAGCAAGGUAGCCCAACUUGCUGGUAACAUGGGCAGCUGUAUGAACCAGUUUGAGCCUCCAGAGGAAGUGGAUCGGGCCCGGCUGAAAUGUCUGCAGAUGUGGACUGAGAAACGUCUAGACACAGUCGUCCUCACUGUGCCAGGCCAUCACAGAGACCUCUACAGACUGCUCUAUGGUACCAUCCCCUUCCUGGAUGUAGAUACAGCCCAUCCCAAGCUGCAGCUGUCAGAUAACAACAGGAGCGUGACUUACAGCGAUGCCCAGCAGGCCUACACAGAGCACGAGGCUCGCUUCAGCUCCUUCCCACAGGUCCUGGCCUCCAGUUCCCUGGAGCGUGGUCGCUGGUACUGGGAGGUGAAUGUGUCUGUGGAUGAGGGUCGCUGGAAGGUCGGGCUGAGCGAGGGUCAGAUAGAGAGAAAAGGCCAAAAGGACAACUCUCGUCUGGGCUUCAACUCGUACUCCUGGUGCCUGGCCUGUGACAAAAAGAAGGUGGAAGCUCUGCAUAACAAGGUGGCAGUUUCUGUCGAUGCAGAAGGGCUCCAGAGGGUAGGAGUUUUCCUCGACUUUGAUGGGGGUAUUUUAUCAUUCUUCAAUGUUACACCAGGGGGCAGUCUAGCUUUAAUGCAUUCCUACAAGCACAGCUUUACCGACCCUCUGUAUCCAGCCUUGUCUGUGUCUAAAACACACCUGGCCAUCUGUGAUCUGUUUCAGUCAUAAACCAUGAGUUACUGGAGUUGAACAUUUAUAGAAUAUGUGAAAGCGCUGUGCCUUUUUUAUAUGUGAAAACCAUUUAGAACUGUAAAAUUCUCGGGGAUUUAUAGUCAUGCACUGUGUCAAACUUUUGCAGAAAUCCUCAAAUAUGAAUUUAUAUACAUUUAUAUCAUGAUAGUACUGGAAUUGUACCACACCAGAAAUGCUAUUCAUUAUACAUACAGCAUUCCAAACAGCAUAUUCUUUCUUACAGGAUUUUGAUUUUAAUACACUUUUGAUUUAAGAUUUUCCAAUGAACAAAUGAGCAAGUUUUUUUUGUGUUUUCUUUUACAUCGGAGACAGGUAAUGGGAGCAGAUAGAUUGAAAAAGGUUGAUUUGGUUUGAUAAUGUUUCCAUUUUUAAUAUAUUUUUAAAAAAGUUCUUUCAUUUGAAGUUCUUUUAUGGUUCGUCUUUUUACAGCAAUAAAAUGUCAGUUUCAAAAGCAAAG